UGAUCAUCGUCGGCUGCCGCUCCAUCGCCUUCGUCCAUUUUUCAAACUCUUUCUUUCAAAAAAUCCUUCCUUUCGCGGCCUCGUCUCCGCUCCGCUCCGCUCCUCUCCUCGACGCUGGCGCUACUUCCGCAGCUCGGCCUCUCGCUCGCUCUCAUUCAUUGCCUUCCUUCUUCUGUUUCUUCACGCUUCUUCGGACCAGCGAAGGUUCGUCUCGAGGGGGGAGGGGGCACGAGAUAGAGUCGUAGGGAUCUCUCCGUCUCGCUUUCUCGUGGUGGAAAGGUCGGAGGUUGUGGAUUCGGGCUAUGCCAGGGGAGGAGGAAUGGGGCGAGCGAGGACGAGGACGAGGCGGAUUGUUUCGGGAUUGAGCUUCGUUAGUACGAGGCGAUGAUGGGGUGAGGAGGUCUGGGUGUAGGGAUCUUCUGCUGAUGAGCUCGGGAGUUGAGCGCAGCGGAGGUUUGUGCAGGUCGUCGAUUCGUCGUCCGGAGGUUGGCGGAUUGGGGCGCGGGAUUGAGGCUGUGGAGCUUUGUGUUCUGUUUCUGGGUGUCGGUCGGUCGUCCUGGCGCGCAUUUCGUCCGAGGGACGGCGUGAAUCGAUGGUGGUUUAGAGGAUUGGUGGGUGGGAUUUGAUCGAGGAAUCGGGGAGGAGAAUGGGGAGAGGGCGCAAGAGGGAAUGGGGAAGGAGACAGGGGGUGGAGGGCGACGAGGAGGAGAGAAAGAGGAAGGCGAUGGAAAAGUGGGAGGAGGAGGAAGAGGAGGGUUGAGGCCGGAGGCCGACGAGGUGGAGGACGGAGAAGUGGACGAGAUGCAUCAGCUGCCUAGGUCAUCGCUCGCUGCUGCGAGUAUUCCUUCUGCGAGAGGCUCGUUUUUCUUAUCUGCACAGAAUAACCAUCAUCAUCACAAUGAUCACCACCAACCUUCAGUGAAAGAACAAACUCAGAGAGCAUCUUCGCCGCUCAGCAAUAGCAGGGUUUCGUCUCGGACUGCAGCUUCUUUCAAGCAGAGGACAGUGGGGCAAAAGAUGCCUGGCGGAGGUACUGCCCGCCCACCGAUUCAGUUCGCAGUAUCGUCCGCUCCUCAAUUAGCCCGCCCGGUGGCCCUGCCUGCUCGGUCCUCGAAUCAUGUUUUGCAAACAGAGGGACAGGAUGCGGGGAUGCACUUUCAAGGAGGUGGAAGGCCCGCAGGUUCCCAACCUCCUGCAGCGCCUGUUGCCCAUGCAGGAUCGAGGCCCCAAGUCUCCGUCGCAAAUCAUAGCGUCCAAGUCAAAGGAUUAGCUCAACAUAGCCAUCCCAGAACUACUGUCCAUCGUCCCACGUCUAGGAGCGCGUCUCCCGGGGUUCUACUGCAAUCAUCCGAGGAGAUUGGUCAUCACGGGCAGCCAGUUUCAAUGGGCCCAGGCCUUGCAUCUGCCAUCGCCCAUGCUCGAAAUUUUCCUGGCAUUCAACAUCUACAAGUGGCUCAGGCGCCAAGCCCACAGAUGACCCAAGGUCAAGCUCUUCACCAGCAACAGGCAGCGAGCUCUACAGUAGCUACGCAGCAACAGGUUUCAGCAGCUCGUCCUCCCAUCUCGGGAUCCAAUUCGGCUAUCAAUAACGACAUCUUGCUCAGGGACAGAAGUCUCGACAACGGUAUCUUGGUGAAAGUGUGCGAUAGAAAAGUGAGGUUGUCCUCAGAGGAAGAUGAGACCUCCCUUUACGCACUCUGUCGACGUUGGGUUCGCAAUGACGUGCCUAGAAAGGAUCAGCCACAGUUGUGGGAACAACCUUCUCUUCCUAGGCCUUUGACAUCUGCUGAAGCUGAGAAGAUCGAAUCCGUAUCUACAGAGAAUGGCGACAGUAAGGAGAAUUCCAAACUGCAUAUCCAGCCGGACCUGUCUAAACCUGUGGACUCCAUGUCUGAGAAGGAGCUCCUGCAACAUCACGUCGAACAUUUUAAAAAUAUUCGAAAGAGGUGUAGAGAAGAUCGAAUGCAGCGGGUGGCAAGAUUCAAACCAAGAUUAGCUCUCCUUCUGCCGGCGAAUGCUGAGAACGGUAGACGAGACUCGUUAUCGGACCCGUCUCAUCAUCCCUAGAGUGAAGUCAUGGGGAAGCAGUUUUGGGUUGCAAAGAUGACAGCCUAUAACAUUUUUGAUCCCUGUGUCUGUAUCCAUUACCAUGUGCAUUGUAGGGUUAGGAGUCAAGGAUGCAGAGUUUGGUUUUACUUUGUAGAGGAAUUGAGCACUUGGUAGAAGAAAGCGGGACGGAAGUUGUUCCUAGUACAAUGUGGGGGUUUGUGGAGUGUAGGGCAUCCAUGUAUCGAGAGAUAUGAUGAACAUAGGUGACAGUAGAAUGCACACACAUUGUUCCAGGGAAGAAACCUGGUUAGAUCUGUAUAAUAGGUAGGCACACAUUCUUGUGUAUGAGAAAACCCCAUCAUCAUAGUGUGACCAUUACAUGGUACAUAUACCAGUAACAAUUGUGCAGGUUGAGGUCGGCGUAUUGGAAGGGGAAGACGACGAUUGAUAUGGAAAUGGUGGCCAAAUUCUGACUGGUCAUGUUCCAAAUAUAUCUAGGCGAUGGUCAAUUCUUUUUGGUUCAUGAAGAAAAUGGGAUACAUUGAGUAGGUGUGCACUGAUACCGAAGUUUCACUGAGGCAUUACUGGCCGAAUGAAGUGAUUUAUCACUCAACACAACCAACUGACAUUGUCUACACCUUGACCCAAUCUCGUCUGUAACAAAUAAAGAUCUGCAUUUGAGUUUCAAUUUGAGAGCACAAACAAACUUGUGGAUGUCACUCUU